CUGCUCCGACGGGCGGGGCAGCCAGAGCCAGGGAGGGAGAGGGAAGCCCGCCCGGGCUCGGGCUUUGCGACCUGCCCCGGGGCGCCCCACCCUGAGACUCAAGACCUCCAGGUGUUUGUCACCUGGUCCUGGUGGUGCUGAGCCUCUGGCCAGAUAGAGCCGUUGCCCCUGGGCCACCAUCUGGCUCCCCACGAGUCUCUCCAGAUCCUCGCGCAGAUCUGGACAGCGCUGUCCUCCUGACCCGAUCCCUCCUGGCAGACACUCGGCAACUAGCAGCGCAGAUGAGAGACAAAUUCCCAGCAGACGGAGACCACAAUCUGGACUCCCUACCUACCUUGGCCAUGAGCGCUGGGACGUUGGGAUCUUUGCAGCUUCCAGGGGUGCUGACAAGGCUUCGAGUAGAUUUGAUGUCCUACCUCCGGCAUGUACAGUGGCUGCGCCGGGCAGGUGGUCCUUCCCUAAAGACUCUGGAGCCAGAGCUGGGUGCCCUGCAAGCCAGGCUGGAGCGACUACUCCGUCGUCUACAGCUCUUGACGUCUCGCCUGGCUUUGCCCCAGGCAACCCCAGACCAACCCACAGUCCCCUUGGGCCCUCCUGCCUCCGCCUGGGGAAGCGUCCGGGCUGCUCAUGCCAUCUUAGGCGGGCUGCACCUGACCUUGGACUGGGCUGUGCGGGGUCUGCUGCUGUUAAAGACUCGGCUGUGACGCGGGACUGAAAGCCACCACCGACAUCAUCUUUCAAAGCCACAUCUUAUUUAUUUAUUUAUUUUGGUACUGGGGGGCGGGGCGCAUGAUGAUCAGGGGCAUGCCACACCCCACACAACCCGACACCCAGCUAGAUACACUUCCUCCAGGAGACCUGGGUGGGGGGUGGGGUCACCUGUGUGGCUUAUUUAUACUUAUUUAUUUAAGGAAUUGGGGGUGGGUGGGGACAGGUGGAUCUGAGACCUCGAAGAACAAGGAACUGAGAUCCUGGAUUCUCGGGUCCCUAUGAAAUCUAUCCACAGUGUCUUCCUCGCUCCCUCCAUUAUUUAUUAAACAAUUACUUUUUAUGUUAAGGGGUUUUAUACCAAAAUGUGAGAAGUUUUUGUGAGACAGAAAAGGGGAUGAUUUAAAUACAUAUCUACUUAGAGGUGAAUAGCAGAGGGAUGCCUAAAUGAUCUGAGUCUGACCUGGUGCCUCGCACUUCAGAGCUCCUCAACAGACAUUUAACAGACGGUUCCAGAACAUCGCCUUAGAACUAAAGGCACCUGCGUGGUACAGAGCGGCAAAGCUCUCAAGGUUGUUCCUUCCGGCGACAUUCUUGCUAGGUUCACUGGUGGGAGCUGGAUGAACAAAAAGGGAGACAUCCGUGUGAUGGAAUACUAACCGGCCGGUCUAAAGAAUCCAGGCAAAGACUGCUCAUGACGUUGAGCGGCCCUGCCACGUGACAGCGGCAGAUGGCAGAGCCACUCUUUCUAUACCCAAGUAUGGAUUUUUUUUUUUUUCAAAAUGGAAACACCAAAACGUCGGCAAUGACUGUCUCAGGGUUGAAAACGUAAGAUGGGGCUGUGGGGUGACUUGUGUGUGUGUGUGUUUGUGCGCGCGUGUGCUUGUAUUUUCCAGAGUUUUUACCAUGACUGUAUUUUGCAUGACACAUUUAAAGACAACAAUAAACACUAUUU